AUGGUUUCAGUUGGUUCCAAAUCACUGCCAUCUAAGAGGCACAGGAUCAUUGAGGAAGAUAGCUUGAUGGGUGAACGUGAAAAGUCUAGCAACAAUCACAGUUCGAGGAGAAAAGGAAUGGGUAGGAAGGCCCAGAGAGGUGACCGUGGAUUUGAUGGCGAUAGUAGCAAGAGGAACCAGUCCGGUGGUGCCGCCAAUGUAAAGCCAGCGUCAAAGAGACAAUCCGAGUUUGAGCAUCAGAAUCAAUUUGUCAGGGAGUAUGAAAUUGCGACAGACUAUAUCAUCAGUCAUGUCAUACAAACUCUGCUCGAGGGAUGUGAACUUGACCAACUUUGCUGUUUCCUGCGAAAUUCUGCGAAGGUGUUCCCAGCCAUUGCAAUGGAUAGAUCUGGUUCUCAUGUUGCAGAGUCUGCUCUCAAAUCCCUGGCCACACAUUUGGAAAACCCAGAUGCAUAUUCUGUUAUUGAGGAAGCUUUGGGUUCUAUAUGCAAGGCGAUUGUGGAUAAUCCUCUUGAUAUGAUGUGCAACUGCUAUGGUUCGCAUGUUCUCCGAAGGCUUCUAUGUCUUUGCAAAGGAGUCUCUUUAGAUUCCCCUGAGCUUUAUGGCGCGAAAUCAUCAAAAGCUCUGGCGAAACGUUUGAAUUUGAAGAUGUCUCAAUUUGAUGAGAAUAAUCUACAAUUCUCUCACCAAGGGUUUCCAGAUGUGCUCACUGACCUUUUAUCUGGGCUACUAAAUUGUAGCAGAGAGGACAUGAAGUAUCUUCAAGUCGAUCAGUAUAGCAGUUUGGUCUUGCAGACGGCUCUAAGACUAAUGCUGAAACAAGAUGAGAUGUUACUUGAGAUGAUUCCUCUUAUCCUGGGCUGCAACUCUACAAAUGAAAAUGGAGAGGGAGUUCAUAUAGAGACUGAUGUUGCCAAGGAAAUUUUAGAGUCAAUGAAGGAUAAUUCAUUCAGUCAUUUGAUGGAGGUAAUUUUGGAAGUGGCCCCUGAAAGUAUUUAUAACGAAUUGUUCAACAAGGUUUUCAAGAACUCUUUAUAUGAGCUUUCACUUGAUCGGUGUGCAAAUUUUGUUGUUCAAGCAUUAAUCUCCCAUGCAAAAAACGAAGAGCAGCCGACAAACUUACGUCCAAUUGAUUUUGUUUGCAAGAUGGGUUUCUUAUGGGAAGAGCUAGCUCCAAAAUUCAAGGAUCUUCUCAAACAAGGGAAGUCAGGUGUUGUAGCUUCUCUGAUAGCAGUUAGUCAAAGGCUUCAAAGUCAUGAACAUAAGUGUUGUGAGGCCCUUACUGGUGCAUUAUGCUCCACAAAUGAAUCCCGUAUCUCCAUUGUUCCAAGGUUGUUGUUUCUUGAUAACUACUUUGGUUGCCAAGAUAAGUCUUCAUGGGAGUGGUCACCUGGUGCAAAGAUGCAUGUCAUGGGUUCUAUGAUCCUUCAGGAGAUUUUCAAGUUCUCUAGCGAUCUUGUACAGCCAUACAUAACAAGCUUAACUUCUAUGAAACCGGAGCAUACCAUUGAAACAGCGAAAGAUUCCAGCGGAGCGCGUGUCAUCGAGGCCUUUCUUGCCUCAAAUGCUAAUACAAAACAGAAGCGCAAACUAAUAAUAAAGUUACGUGGACACUUUGGCGAGCUCUCGUUACACACAUCGGGCUCAUUUACUGUUGAGAAGUGCUUCGAUGCAUGUAACUUGACAUUAAAGGAAGCCAUAGCAGCUGAACUGUUGGAUGUGAAAGCUGAUCUCUCAAAAGCAAAGCAAGGGCCUUUUCUGCUUAGGAAACUAGAUAUCGAUGGGUAA